AUGCUUCAUAGACAAGAUGACAUCAGGACGUGCGUGAGUUUCCUGACAGCUUUCCUGAUUUACACCUGUCAAGCCUUUCGGAAUUGUGGCAACUUCCAGUGCAGCGACGACCAGCGAUGCUGCUCGCACGAUAACGUGACCGUCCACUGCUGCAAGCUGCCGCUGCACACCUUCUUCGACAACGUCGGCUGGAUCACGCGUAAACUGUCUGGCAUUCUCAUCCUGCUCCUGCUCUUCGCCAUGGGCUAUUUCAUCCAGCGCAUCAUCUGUCCGAGACCACGGCGGCAACAGGAGAGAGCGGAGGACCCUUCUCUCCUCAACACGCACACCACGGCGUCUCAGGACUCGCUCCUCGACCGCUUGCCGGAACAGUGCGUCACAGCGGGCUUCACCUCGCCGGUGCUCCAGCUGCCCACGUACGACGAGGUGAAAUACUUGCCCACGUACGAGGAGACGAUGCUGGAGGUGGAAAGAGACCGGUCGGAUGAGAAUCUUUUGGAAUCUUCCAGAGGACCGGCGGGGAUUGCAAACAAUGGUUUGGUGAUUGAGACGAGGAUAGCUGGGGGUAGUUCCGCAAGGACCACCCGCAACAACUCGGUGUAGGUUGGACAUGGGGAGACAACACGGUGUGCUGAACUAUCUGUGCGAUUAUUUUCAAAGUUGUUACAUUUUGCGGAUUCACAGAAACCCCCAUUUAAGUGCAAUUAAAACCGGAAAAAAUGCUGGAACACUGAUUUUUUUUUAACCACUGCAUAUUCUGUAGGCCUAUAAACAGCUGUA